AACACCAGCCCCCCCACCUUGGAGAAGGCCUAGAUGAGGAAACUGAGACCCCCAAAAGAGACAGCAACUUGCACAGGGUCACCUCCAACAUGCAGAUUCCUGCCAUGACGUCUUUGCUACUUCUGUUCAUGGUCCUCAUGCAAGCACUUCAGGCCCAAAGCUACCCCAUCAUACAACGAGACCUCUUCUCUCAAGAAAUGCCCCUGGACAUGGCCCUGGCCUCCUUUGAUGACCAGUAUGCUGGCUGUGCAGCAGCCAUGGCAGCAGCUCUCCCUGACCUCAACCACACGGAAUUCCAGGCCAACAAAGUGUAUGCAGACAGCUGGACUCUGGCAAGCAGCCGAUGGCAGGAGCGCCGGGCCUGGGGGCCACAGUGGGGCCCCAGCCCUAUGCGGUUCCCCCCACCACCCCCAGGCUUCCGCGAUGAGCACGGGGUGGCCCUCUUGGCCUACACAGCCAACACUCCCCUGCACAAGGAGUUCAACACAGCUGUGCGUGAGGCAGGCCGCUCCCGGGCCUACUACCUCCAACACUUCUCCUUCAAGACACUCCAUUUCCUGCUGACCGAGGCCCUACAGCUGCUAGGUAGAGGCCAGCAUCCGCCCCGGUGCCACCAGGUGUUCCGAGGGGUGCAUGGUCUGCGCUUCCAGCCAGCAGGGCCCAGGGCCACGGUAAGGCUGGGGGGCUUUGCCUCUGCGUCCCUGCAGAAUGUUGCAGCCCAGAGGUUUGGUGAGGACACCUUCUUUGGCAUCUGGACUUGCCUUGGGGCCCCUAUCAGGAGCUACUCCUUCUUCCCUGGGGAGGAGGAGGUGCUGAUCCCCCCUUUCGAGACCUUCCAGGUGAUCAAUGCCAGCAGACCAGCCCAGGGCCCCACCCGCAUCUACCUCCGGGCCCGGGGCAAGCACAGCACAUACAACUGCGAGUACAUCAAAGACAACAAGUGCAAGUCUGGGCCCUGCCAUCUGGAGAAUUCAGCCAGGGGUCAGGGCCCCCUCUCCGCAGUUUGGUUCCUCCUGCUGCUGCUCUGGUUCCUUGUGGUGGGGGCAUUUCCAGAGAGUCCAGGCCACCUCUGAUCCACCAGACACUGAACAGCCCUGCCUGCCACCUCUGCCCAACCUGAGGAUGUUGACUAUGUGUGUACUUUAAGUGUAGCCAAGAUCCCUGGCAAACCCAUUUGCAGGGAACUCUAGGCCUUCUUCUGGUGGAAAAAUAGAGAAUUUGGGGACUGACCCUACCCAGGGCUCUGGGAUAGAAACUGAAU